AUGGCGGCUGAUGAAGCGCCAAACCUGAACCUCUCCCCUGAGGAGAAGCGCACUUAUGGACAACUCUUCCGACAGGCCGAUUCAGACAGCGUCGGUGUCGUUGUCGGUGAAAUUGCUGUCAGGUUCUUCCACAAGACAGGUUUAGACUCCCGUAUUCUUGGCGAGAUCUGGCAGAUCGCCGAUAAGGAGAACCGAGGUUUCCUAACACCAGCUGGCUUCGGUAUCGCCUUACGACUCAUCGGACACGCACAAGCCGGCCGCGAGCCCACACCCGAGAUCGCCCUCCAACAAGCUCCCCUUCCUCGCUUCGAUGGCAUCGUUCCUCAAGCUACAGGUGCCGGUGGUAUUCCUCCGCCUCCGCCUGUUCCCGUCAGCUCGCCGCCUCCCCCGGCCGCUCUUCAAGCCCAGAGCACAGGCGGGCCGAUCCGCAUCCCACCCCUGACUCCUGAGAAGGUCGCUCAAUAUAGUGGUUUAUUCGAACGUCAACCUCUCCAAGGCGGUCAGCUUCCCGGCGACCAGGCCAGAACCAUCUUCGAGAAGUCCGGCCUGCCCAAUGAAGCACUGGGAAGAAUAUGGCAGCUUGCCGACACUGAGCAGCGUGGUGCUCUUGUUCUGACCGAGUUCAUUAUCGCUAUGCACCUUCUUACCUCCAUGAAGACAGGAGCUCUCCGAUCUCUCCCUAGUGUCCUCCCCGCUGGUCUUUACGAGGCUGCAUCACGCCGUGGUCCUGCCUCACGCCAAUCUUCGACUGGUCCUGGCAUCUCAGCCAUUCCUCGACAAGUCAGUGGAACAGCCCAGGUUCGCACAAACAGCCCUCUCGGUCGUCCUCCCAUGUCUCCUCAACAGAGUGGUGCUAGCGACUGGGCUGUGACACCUGCCGACAAGGCUCGAUUCGAUCAAAUUUACGCCGACCUUGACAAGGGGAACAAGGGAUAUAUCACAGGAGAGGAGGCUGUCACUUUCUUCAGCCAGUCUAACCUUCCCGAAGACUCCUUAGCCCAGAUUUGGGAUCUUGCCGACACAAAAUCUCAGGGUCAGCUUUCGCGAGACGAGUUUGCGGUUGCUAUGUAUUUGAUUAGACAGCAGAGAAGCGGCCGUUCUGUCCCUUUACCAACUACUCUACCACCCAAUUUGGUUCCCCCUAGUAUGCGCACCCAGAUUCGACCACAGACUGCUACAUCCGCCUUUGAUCCGCCUCCCCCACCUGUCGUACAGGCUCCUCCUCCUGCUCCCAAGUCCGCUUUAGAUGACUUGUUCGGCCUUGAAUCAGGCACGUCCAGCCCUGCACCCCCUCCCCCUGCUCAGGCUCCAAUGUCAACAGGAGGUUCCAACGCCAACGAUCCUUUCGCCGGUGGUUCUGCACUCACACCUACCUCUCCCGUUAAGCCAUCCCUCACAGGAACCGGCGGUUCAAGCUUUAAGCCAUUUGUGCCGUCAUCCUCAUUUGGUAGAGGCUUGACGCAACAGCCUACUGGUGGUUCAGCUGGUUCUGGCCAGAAGCUUCCGGCACCUUCUGCAUCCGAGGAUUUGUUGUCAGAUAACGAUGAGGCUAGCAAGAACAUCUCAGGGGAAACCACAGAACUUGCAAACCUUUCUAACCAGAUCUCAUCUCUGUCCAAGCAAACCCAAGAUGUGCAGGCCAAGAGGAAUACCACUCAAAAUGAACUGAACCAGGCCACAUCCCAGAAGCAGAACUUCGAGCAGCGACUGGCUCAACUGCGCACCCUCUAUGAGAAGGAGGCGCAAGAUACUCGUGCCCUUGAGGAGCAACUCAGCAAUGCACGGAAGGAGACCGCCAAACUUCAGUCUGAAUGCAUGGCGCUUGAAGGAACUUACCGUGAUACUCAGACGCAGCAUCAGCAGGUAUUGGCAGCUCUUCAGGCGGACCAACAAGAAAAUACCAACCUCCGAGAACGAAUUCGUGUAGUCAAUGGAGAGAUUGCGCAGCUCAAGCCUCAGAUUGAAAAGCUCAAGUCUGAUGCUCGCCAACAGAAGGGACUGGUCGCCAUCAACAAGAAACAACUGUCCACCACAGAGGGCGAGCGUGAUAAGCUAAAGGGAGAGGCGGAGGAGCUUACCAAGAGCAUUGAGGAUCUUCGGCUGGCAAACACUGGCUCGCCAGCAUCUGCUUCGGCUCAAAUUGCAAGCCCAGCUGCCUCGACCUCUAGCGCCAACAAUCCCUUCUUCCGCCGCACUGCAAGCACUGAUAUUAUGGGUGCAUUUGCUUCUCCUCCUCCCACUAAGAAUGUCUCUGACAAGUCUUUCGAUGACCUCUUUGGCCCCUCAUUUCCACCCAGCGCCUCGGCCACUCCUCCACCACCUCCACAGACCUCGUUCAAGCCCCAGCAUACUGGUGCCUCGACCGCUAGUGCUGGUUCAUACAGCACCCCUCCUGCUGCGAGCUCUCCUAUUAUGAGCCGCCAAGCAACUCUUGCUGCUGAGCCCCCUGCUCCCCCGGAGUCAAGGCAGAUCAGUUCCAGCUUCUUGCCCUUCCCUGACCAUACUGAGUCGCUCUCAUCCUCUCGCCAAGUGUCACCCCCUGCUUCGCGUGCUGAUGACCCUCUCCACGGUUCAGCCACCCCUGUUCCCGGUGACCUGAAGACUUCUGACAGCCCUGCCGGUGUUCCUGGUGCGUUCCCUGGCGAUGAGCUUGAUAAGUCUAAUGCCAAGGACGUAGCCUCUGCCUCUGCCUCUGCCUCUGACGACACUACCCGUGAAGCUGCUAAGGACGAAGCACCAAAAGCAACCGAGCCUGGAGAUCCAUUUGGCGGUAAUGAUGAGGCCAAGGCCAAGGCCGACUUCGAGAAUGCAUUUGCAGCUUUCACCACUGCUAAGAGCCAUACCAAGCCUUCGCCUGAAGCGAACAAGUCAUCUGCCUUUGAUUCGGAGUUCCCUCCCAUUUCAGAGCUUGAGCGUGAUGAUGAUGAGGAGUCUGACUCAAGCAGUGACAACGGAGGCUUUGAUGAUAACUUCACGCCUGCAUCACCGCCCGCCAAGCCCUUUGGCGAGAAGGCAAACGCAGGAGAGUCACCAGAAGCUACUCACGCAGUCCCUGCCAGCACGUCACCACAGCCAGUCCAGGGAGCCACCCCUCCCUCAGAACCCAAGGCCCCUAGUACCGAUCAGCCUUCAUCUCCUGCAACCGUGACUGAAGCCACUGCUCAAAAGUCAUCGGUUGAUGACAUCUUUGGCGUGGCAGCAACCGGCACUGCCCCUGCUUCGCAACAGCCUGCCCCUUCAAACCCCCCUCAGACUAAAGGUGGAUUUGACGACUUGGACAGUGACUUUGAAGGCCUAGAGGAUGCUAAGGAAGGCUCUGCUGAUGAGGAUUUUGCCAACAUCUCUCGCUCCGGACUGGACGACUUCAACCCCGUUUUUGAUAGCAGCCCACCCGGAAGCCAGACUAAGACUGAGUCCACUGCGUUCGGCAACGAGAGCUUCGACUUCAUCUCCCACAGCUCAACUGGCGCUGCUCAGACUGCUGUGGGAACCAACCAGCAGAAGGCCCCCGAGGCCCAUGACUGGGAUGCUAUCUUCUCUGGUCUCGACUCCCCUAGCGCAACUGCUGCCCAACCUGCUUCCACCGAGAAACCAGCGGGCGCUGAGUCCCAUCCUGGUCAGCAGGCUCUGAACCGCACUUUGUCAACUGAAUCCGAGCAUGAUGACCCAAUCCUGAAGAGCCUUACAAGCAUGGGCUAUAAGCGACCUGAAGCUCUCGAUGCUCUCGAGAAGUAUGAUUACGAUCUCGACAAGGCGGCGAACUUUCUGGCUAGCCGCUCAUAA